CGUUACUCAAAACAGGUUUUACCAAGCAACAGAGGGGCGUUUACCUGAAACAACCAUGGCUCAGAGGCGAUAUACCGUGUUUCUUAUCCUUCUUAUGUUGGAUCCCAGAUGUUAUAUCCAUUCUGCCGAGAUGGCCGAAAGUGGUCUGGAAGCCAAGUUUUUAGAGUACUGUAAGUCUGCUGGAAGGGAGACUACCGCAAAAAAGGCCACAAUCAAUAAAAUGUUUACAGAUUGCGAGCUGUUUAACGAUAAGUUUGGUUCAAUUGACUUAGAUGUCGCAUUCCAUAUGGCAAAAGCAAACGGGUCAAGCGUAAUAAACUUUACGGAGUUUGAGGUUUUGCUUCGCCAUCAAAAACUUACCAAUGCGCAUGACUUUGAUGUAAGAGUCAAGAUUGCUGAAUGUGAUGGACCCAUAGAUACAGCUCGGCAACCUGGCGCGUAUAUCUCUGAGAACACUGGCUCUCACAAGGAAAGAUUUGAUGAGUCCGGCAAUGGCGGGGGACGUGAAGAUGCUGUUGAAGACAGUGGAUAUGUUGGACGUUACCAGGGCGCUGGAAGAUAUAACCCCAAGCACUGA